AUGGAUCUUCAGCCGCCGUCGGUCCUGGCUCAACUGCCUCGGCCGCUACAUGCGUCUACCGGCAAGACUCGCAUCGGUGAAGUCUUUCGUCUCGCCGAUUCCAAGAAGCGCAAGCGAUACGAAGUUGCCGUUGCAGUCGACGGAGAAGCCGUGAAUAUAUACAACAUCCAAACCCCCAAGUUGGUCACGUCCUAUGCCGUUCCGCCGAAAUCCUCCUUCACCUGCCAGCCCUGCUCGGUGCGCAGAAAGCUCUCGAACAAGUCAACCGUGAAAAGGCAGACUUAUGUCGCCAUCAAUCCCCAGCGGGAGAUCAAGUCCUUCGUUGAGGAACACGGUGGAAGUGGCUCGAGCGCUCCCGUCAUUACGUCCUCCUCUUUCUCCGCGAAAGACUCGGACAGCCCAGCGAUCUUCGUCGGCAUCCUUCCCACUGUCGUCGAUGAAGAGGAAGAGAAGGACCCGUUCGACAUUCUGACGGUGCACAAAGACGGACGUGUGCGUCGUCUGAGUGCUGGUCUGGAUGCUCAGCGCUGGAGUCUGCACCACAGCGAACUUGCAAAGCUUUCCUCCACCCAGGAAAUCCGCUCGUGCUUCCUUGUUGAAUUCGAGGAGGCUCGGAAGACGUUGUUCAAGAAAAGACAGGACCUCGCGGCCCUAGCACAAGCCGACAUCACAGACUCAGGGGUGGAUCACACAUCUGUACUCCUACUUGUCUCACAACCGCACAACUCGGAGCGCUUUGGUCUGAACGAGGUCAAAGUGCACAUGUUCUCCGUGCCUGGUACUGUCCCUGCGGGCGGAUUGACUCUGGACGAAAGUCAGAAAAUGAGACAUCUGCUUACUGUCAACCUCCCCAACAUUGAAGGACACGAUCAGUUUGAGCGCGAUCGCUUGCAGUGGGACUUCCACUCUGGGUCGGCCGGACUGAACCUGUCGUUCGAGCGGGGAUUCAUCAACGUCGAUCUCUCUCAAUACACACCCACGGUCACCUCGCGGUUCAUCCUUGACAACGAAGAAUUCUCCUCCGUCCUGCGCGUCUCUCCACAGUCCGUCGUUGGUGCGGGCAAGUCCACUAUCGCGGUGUUCGACACCCAGUACAACUCCGUCCAGCGCAGCAUCCCUAUCAGCAACAUCCCCGCCAGCACCGACACCCGUACGGCGCCUACCACUUUCAUCGGGUACUUCGCGAAGCUUGGCCUCGCUGUCGCUAUCCGCGGCAACACGCUGAUUGCGUUUGAUCUGAGCUCCUCGCGCACCCCGCUGGGCUCCUCGCUCAAGCGAUCCCGCGACGGCCUCCUCAUCGACGCCAUUGGUCGCGGCAUCGGCGCAUCGGCGCAGUGGGAUCCGUCAUCGAAGAAGCCGCGCAUGGAAUCUCUUGGCCUCACCCCGGAGCAAUCGAGCCAGUGGAACGACUUUUCUCGCACCCUUCAGGAGGCCUCGCAGGCGAAGGACACCGCGGCCUUCGACCGCGCCGUGCAGAAAUACUUCAGCGCCGGUUCGUCGAACGGCCUGGCCCCGCGCUCCCACUACGUCAACCCCGAACUCACACUGUUCCUCCUCUCCUUCAUCUUCACCCUGCACGACUCCCCGCCCGCCGACCACCCCUUCGCCAGCCUCGCUCGCACUCCCACCGCCCAUCUGUCCGUCGGCUUUUGGCCCGAAGCCACUUGCCAGUGGCUCAUUGACCGGGGCCACCUCUCGCGCGACAAUGUCGAGACCGCCGUGCGGCGCGCAAUCAAACCGCGCAUCCUCCCGGGUCUGCCGCCCGACGCCUUGGUGCAGGCCCUGAUCGACUCAGACCCGACCUACCUGCGUCUCGUCGCCGUCCUGCAGGGCCCCGUUCUCCUGUCCCCCGACGAUCUCGCCUCCGCACUGAAGACCCUCCUCAACGCCGCGCGCACCCAGUCCGUCCUGUACGACUCCGACCUCUCCGACGCCGCCUCCAACUCCUCCUUCUCCUCGCCCGCCACCCUGCAAACUAUCUUCCUCGGCCUCAACACCUCCCUGCAGAAGCUGCACGCCUACCCGGCCGCCGUCCGCACCGCCAGCCUACGCGCCGCCCUGCACCGCCUCGACAUCGUCGGCCUCAUUCAUCACCUGCGCCUCUCCCUCGCCACCGGCGGCUACACCUCACGCUUCACCGAGACCCCACCCACCGCGCCGACCCCGUUUCAGACCAACCCGUCGCUGUCGCUGGACGUCAUCGCCGACUGCCUCAACGCCGCCGUUGACGCCGUCGGCCCCUCCGGCUGGAUCGCCGCCGCCGCCCCGACCGCCGUCGAGGACGGCCUGAGCGUGCCCAGCGCCGAGCGCGAGCUGAUCACCGACCUGCAGGCCGAGAUCUCCGCCGCGCUAGCCGGCGUCGAGGAGGCGGCGUAUCUGCGCGGCGUGCUCCGCGAGUAUCUCCGCUACACGGAGAGCGUGCAGCAAUCGAUGGCGCGCAGCAAGUCGGUUGCCGCGCGAGCAGAGAAGGUGGAUGACGGCGCGGGCUCCACCCCCCUCGUGCGCCACGAGAAGCUGAACGGUGCGGAUCUGUUGGUGUUUGGCGCGGUGGACGCCGCGGACGGCGACGAGGCCGAUGCCACCGGCAGGAUGUUGCCGCUGUCGCUCAAGGCGCCGGCCACCGACGUCAGCAAGACCAAGGUGAAGAAGUCGACCGGCGAGGUCAAGACGCGGAGUAGUCGAGAGAUUGGUUAUCUGCGGCGCAAGGCCGCUGGGAAGUACUCGUUCGAGAGACUGAUUGUGUAA